AUGACACAGUGCGCCGCCACCGCCGAGGCCAAGCCGGCAUGCGUGAGCGCUCUCGUCGGCCUCAUCAGAGCACUGAGGAGUCGGCUAAAGUCGCUCCAACAACUCCUGAGACCGAACCAGAACGGCGUCCGCUGGGAGAAACCUGGAGGGACGGUUUUAGACUGCUGUGGACCGAAGCUGUCCAGUCUGGCUGUGUUUCUGGUGAGGAAGAUCACAGGACCGGACGCUGGUCAGCUGUACGCCAUGAAGGUGUUGAAGAAAGCCACACUGAAAGUGCGUGACCGGGUCAGGACGAAGAUGGAGAGAGACAUCCUGGUGGAGGUCAACCAUCCCUUCAUCGUCAAACUGCACUACGCACAGUUUGAGAUGCUGACGGGAACGCUGCCGUUUCAAGGAAAAGACCGGAAAGAGACGAUGACCAUGAUCCUCAAGGCCAAGCUGGGAAUGCCGCAGUUCCUCAGCUCCGAAGCUCAGAGUCUCCUCAGGAACCUUUUCAAGCGAAACCCCGGCAACAGAUUAGGAGCUGGGCCGGAUGGAGUGGAGGAGAUCAAGAGGCAUCAUUUCUUCAGCACCAUCGACUGGAAUAAGCUGUACCGCAGAGAAAUCCACCCUCCUUUCAAGCCAGCAGCGGGGCGACCUGACGACACUUUCUAUUUUGAUCCAGAGUUCACAGCUAAGACACCCAGAGACUCGCCGGGGGUCCCGCCGAGCGCCAACGCCCAUCAGCUGUUCAGAGGGUUCAGCUUUGUGGCCAUAACGGAGGAGGAGACGCAGCCGCUGCCCAAUGCUAUCGUACAGCAACUUCACAGAAGCACGUCCCAGUUCGCAGACGCCUACGAGAUCAAAGAGGACAUCGGAGUCGGCUCCUACUCCAUCUGCAAGCGCUGCAUACACAAAGGAACCGGCAUGGAGUACGCAGUGAAGAUUAUCAACAAGUCCAAGAGAGACCCGACGGAGGAGGUGGAGAUCCUGCUGAGAUACGGGCAGCACCCCAACAUCAUCACCCUCAAAGACGUGUAUGACGACGGCCGGUCGGUGUUCCUGGUGACGGAGCUGAUGAAGGGAGGCGAGCUGCUGGACAAAAUCCUCCGUCAGAAGUUUUUCUCUGAGCGGGAAGCCAGCGCUGUUCUCUACACCAUCACCAAGACCGUGGAGUACCUGCAUGUGCAAGGGGUGGUGCACAGAGACCUGAAGCCCAGUAACAUCCUGUAUGUGGACGAGAGCGGGAACGCCGAGUCCAUCAGGAUCUGCGACUUUGGCUUCGCCAAGCAGCUGAGAGCGGAGAACGGCCUGCUCAUGACGCCGUGUUACACCGCCAACUUUGUCGCCCCCGAGGUGUUGAAGAAGCAGGGUUAUGAUGCAGCCUGUGACAUCUGGAGUCUCGGAGUCCUGCUCUACACGAUGCUAACAGGUUUCACUCCAUUUGCUAACGGUCCAGAGGACACCCCGGAGGAAAUUUUGGCUCGGAUCGGCAGCGGGAAGUUCUCUCUCAGCGGAGGAUACUGGAACUCUGUCUCAACUGAAGCUAAGGACCUGGUGUCUAAGAUGCUGCACGUCGACCCCCACCAGCGGCUGACAGCGGGGCAGGUCCUCAGACACCCAUGGGUGACGCACAGAGACCAGCUACCCAAAUACACCCUCAACAGACAGGACGCACCACACCUCGUCAAGGGUGCGAUGGCGGCCACCUACUCUGCCCUUAACAGGAAUGUCCCCCCAGUCCUAGAGCCGGUGGGCUGCUCCACUCUGGCCCAGCGGCGAGGGUUGAAGAAGAUCACUUCCACCGCUCUGUGACCUCCUCUUUCUCCUCCGCCUCCUUCUUUUCUUCCUCCUCCCGUCAACUCUGACCUCGAUCUGACCUCCGCCGGACCUUCCCUCUCCCUCACUUCGGUCCGGUGGGACAGACUACUGAUGGACCUGGGAACCGCUAACGCCAAAUAGGAGCACAGAGGCCGCCCCCCUCCCUCCUCGAUCUCUCCUUCACCUCUGCGGGCUCUUCUGAUUGGAUCUCUUCUGCUGUCUUACCGUAGAGUCUCAGCUUUAGCAUCACUGUUCAGCAGCCGGACUCAGCUGUCGAGAAAACCUUAAAGGGCGAGCCCUACGUUUCUCUUCUCUUUUUGCUUUGGACAAUCAGCGCUAGCUCGCAGACCCAGAGGGCGAGUGCGCGUCAGGAAGAUAAAAGUACUGUAUUUAUUUACUCCAGACGGGGGAAAUCAUAGGAACAAAGUAAUGUAAGGUAUGCAUUUAAAGAGCUAGAGUCUUUGUUAUCAUACUGUGGUCAUGGUUCUGCGUAGCUGUAGAUCCUGCAUUUAAACCUCAAGUAGCCUGAGAGACGAUGGCGUCUGCAGAAAAGGACAGACGGUGGGAAUCACGAUAAACACGAGCAGCCUCAGCCUCAAAAUGAUUUUAAAAUCCAAAAAGCUAAAGCAGCGUGUUGAGGUCACUGAAGGUCAAAAAUUACAUAAACAUUAGCUUAAAGUCCUAAAUUUAUGAGUAGAAAAUGACAAAAUUAAGAGAAAUGAAACAGCAAAUGUUGAUGGGAAGAAUUCCAGUUUUACCUGAAAAAGAAAAUAAAUAAAAACAAAUAAAUAAUUUAAUGAGGGAAAAAAAUGUGAAGAUUAGUAAGAAAAAAAUGGCAAAUUUACCAGAAAAAAUGAAAACACCUCGCCAGUUAAUCUGAAAAAAUCCCACAUUUUGAAAAACAAUUAAAUUUUCACUUUUAUUGGCUCUGUGUGGCCCCAGACGAAAACAUCAUGCAUAUCCAUGCUCUGUAAUCACGUCACACACAGUGGCACAAAUGCUUUUCUCAUAAAUUUGCCAUUUCGUUAAGAAAAGUGAAUGAAAUCGAUUUUAUUUAACCUUCAGUAACCUGCUGCAACCGUCUGCAGCCUGUGUUGUUUUUGUCGGACAAACUGAAACCCGCUUUCCAGUAUUUUAACUUUAAUGUGCAACAACAAAGCAAAGAACAAACAUCUGAGCCGUGUUGUAGUCCAGAGUGUUUGACGGUGGGUCGUUCAAUCAUCCAGGCAGCAAACGUGACGACACCUCCAGAUAUUUUUUCUUACUGCCAAUAAAUCCCAUGAUAAGAUACUAGAAUCACUGUUUGCUGGGAUUUGUUGUCAGCAAGAAAAACAUGAUCGGAUUUAUUCUUUGAACAAACAGAGAUCCAGGAAAUCACAGAAGAGUGAUGAAGUGUGGAAACAACACUUGGAGCAGAAAGAGCCCACUCUGUCUUUGUAACAGUAUCAAUUUUAAGCUGCACAUGUUGAGCUUUUGCUGCCACCUGGUGGCCACGGGAGGGCUGUGCUUCUGAAACGCUCCCAGAGUAGUUUUGUCAUCAGUAUAACGUCUCCUGGACACUCUGGUCUGAUAUUUAACACUAUUGUCCUGUUAUUUUACUCUUUAAUCUGGUUUUUAAAGAUCUUAAUGUGGUGAAGGGCGGUGCUCCCUCCUCCUCCUCAGGAGACUGGAGGCAAAGCUUGAGCCUAUCAGCAGCUGGGAUUUCAAAUUUUAGCACUAAAGCUUAAAUAAAAAUGUCAAAUAUCCAAAUAAUUACCUUUAUCUGAACUUCUGAGCGUGAUCAGAGAGCUGCUGAUAAAACCCUGAAACAUGAGUAAAAUCAGGUGUUUGUGGAGCAGGGCCAAGCUCCUCUGACUUAAAGCUCCUCUCUGGCUUCUCUUGUGCAGUUUUAGGAUGUGCCAGUAAAUUUAAAGCAGAAGAAGAGGCCACAGAAGCAGCUUUAACUCUGAGUUUUCUCCUUCUUCCUUCACAAACACAAACUAAAACGAUGUGUUGCCUGUAAAUGAGGCUGACGGGUGAAAAAGGCGUUUCUCGCCUCCACCGAUGGUCACGCGACGUCUGUACGAGCCGGCUGAUCUCCUCCUUACGUGCAGCAGAACUGUAAAUACAGAACAUGUCGAGCAACUCAGGUUUCUAUGAAUCAAGACAAUGCAUUUUUAUACGUCCAGGAGGAGGGGGUGUACAUACAAAUGUUAAAAACAAAGCACACGAGUGUGAGUGGAAGAAGGCGAGCGAGGCACAGAGAGGUUUAUCAGACCUGAUAUGAAACAACUCCAAAACCUGAAUCCUUGUUUUCAUCUUUGCUGAUGUUUAUUUUAUGAUUUAGACGUCUUACAUUUACUUUUCGACGUGUUUCUUUUAAGUCAAACUCUUCUGUCUCGACUGCUGUGGCGCUGUUUCUGCCAGGUGAGCUGGCGUCUGGUGCGUUUCCUGUUUUUGUGUCAGCAAACCCUUUAAAAAUCUGAGAAAAAAACACUUUUAAAAACAUUCCAGCAGGAGUCGAAACUACCGGCAAACCACGUUGGGCGUGCAGUCGGAGGUCCAGUGGUGGAGAAAUCAGUGAAAGGGUCAGUUCACUGAAACUUGUGGACGAUCUGUGUGAAAAGAAUUAGUUCUAGCCACUAAAAUACAAACAUGUCCAUCUUUUCUACAUUUAAUAUCUCGUUAAACUGAAGGUCUUUGGGGUUAGGCCCCAAUGAAACACUUCCAAGAACAAAUAUCUCAUUAAUUGUGUCAAUAUUGGACUUCAUCGUCAUCACAGCUCGCUGAUUUUACAUCCUGGAUCGAUACGAGCACCGACGGCGCUGCCAGACGUUGUUACGGCUUGUUAAAUUCCUCCGAAGCUUCCUCGUGUCCGCAGUGUUGGGCAUUCAGGGCCGUUACGCUCCGCCCCCUCUGCGCACGCGCCUCUGCUGCAAACAAGCGAGCGUCACAUAAAGCAAAAAGCGCCGGACUCAGACUGUGCGAGCUCGUUUUCCACCAGCAGAAGAAAAACAAAAAUCAUGUUUAAGUUGCUUAACGGUGUAAAUCAUUUAUGUUCAGAUGGAGGCUCCAAUUAAAAAUUCUAAAUUAUGAGAAAACGUCCAGUUUUAAAAUAGAAACUGGAAAUUUAGAAGUAAACUGUCCCUAAUGAAGUUUUUAGAUCAAAAUGCUUUUAAACGAGUCACGUGUUAAAGAUGAAAUUAUGAUAUAAGGAGUCCAGAUUUUUUUAAAAAUAAUAGUGAGACAAAGUUUCAACAUAACAUUUUAGGCUUUAGAGAUUAAAUAUGAGAUUAAAAUGUGAAAUAUUAAAAGGUAAAGUCAGAUUUUGAAAAACAAAAGUGGAAAAUGUCAAUAAAAAGUUCAAUUUAAAGCCAAAUUCCAUUUUUCUAGUUGAGAUUUAAACAGUUAUGAGCUAAAAAUGAUUAUAUAUAUUAUAAAUUAUAAAAAAUAAUAGUGAGACAAAGUUUCAACAUAACAUUUUAGAGAUUAAAAUGUGAAAUGUUAAAAGGUAAAGUCAGGUUUUGAAAAACAA